GACAAAAGACAGGGCUGUAGUGGACAGUGAAGUCUCCUCACAGUAAUGCAUUGGACGGAUUAAUACAGUGGAAAACUACGGAAUAUUUACCAUUUCCACCAUUUACAUUUACAUUUAAGUCAUUUAGCAGACGCUCUUAUCCAGAGCGACUUACAAAUUGCACCAUCUACCUCCUCACUUCAACUGCACUCAAAAUCCUGCAUGGAGAGAACUCAAGAUCACUCUCAUCCUACGGGGAAGCUCCAGUCGAUGGGAGACAUGUACCUGUUCACAGUGGAUGUGAGUGAGUACUCUCCAGAGGAUGUCAUCAUCACAUCGUCAAACAACCUUAUUGAAGUCUAUGCGGAGAAGCUAGCAGAGGAUGGCACGGUUAGGAACACAUUUUCCCACAAGUGCCAGUUGCCGGGGGACGUGGAUCCCAUGUCUGUGACAACCUCAUUGGAAAACAGUGGUGACUGUCUGACUCUGACUGUCAAAGCCAGAAGAAAUUAGUUUUCCAUAUAAUGUGGGAGGUGUUGAAAAAGUUUAAACACACACACACCAAUCUGGUUGUAUUAAUUCAGAUGAUUGUAUUCAAAUAAUUAAUUUAAUUUAAUUCACAUUAAAUUCUAACAUGGGGAAUGGGUGGGGCAUAAUGUCCCUAGGACAAGAUCUAUUCUUGAAUGAGGCCCCUGGGAAUGGUGCUCCACAGUGCCUAAUUUAUUCAGGAAGUUGGUAUAUGAUUGAAAGGAUUUUAAUAUAACCCAAUGUUUGUUUAUUAUUUAAUGUUACGUCUGUCAGUUCCUCUAAGACAAUUUCCAGAAUAAACUAAUCAAACACCA